AUGGAUAAAGAACGCAAUUUUAUUUAUUCACAUUUCGAAGGAAAAACAGACUUGACCCAAGAUCAAUGUUACUAUCAUCCAGCCGGAAUCAAACAAUUCUAUGGAGAUGAACAAUUGAUAAAUAAUGCACCUCGCUACAAGAUUAGAGUUUACAUAAAUACAAGAUAUACUGAUAGACACUGGACGGCAAUCUACGCUCCACCAGGAGAACUAAUUACAAUCGAAGUUCCACCAAACGCUGUUGGAAAGAUUGGUGUUUGCUUCAAUCAUCAUAUCAAUGAUGACUCAGGCUAUAGAACUCGUAUGAGGACCCUCAAAUCCUCAACCACUCUCAAUAGAGAAGUUAAUAACGUUAGCUGGCCAUUCGGUGGCGCUAUUACAAUUACGAGCGGAAUUGACAGAUUCAACCAAGGACUUGAAGUUACGAUAACAGGAGGUAUCCGUAUGCCAUAUUUCAGGUACGGCUACACUACAGACCAAGAAUGGGAAGAAGAACUAAGUUUAUUACCAGGACCAUUAGCAAAUAUCGACAUGGGCAAUGCCAUUGCUCAACUUCCAAGUAGACAGAUCAGAGGUAAAGUCAAAUUGAAUGACGCUUGCGCGUUCUGGCGUUCAGCAUCCCGUAAUUUGUUUUCUGUCAAUGAAAUCAACGGCGGACCACGUAGAGAUGACGGCAGAAUCAAGCAUCCAACACAAUGGACAUUUGAUACAUAUGUUCCAUUCGGAGAGGCAGCGACUGCCUACGGUGGAAACAGAAUUAUUUUCCCACCACAUUGGUCUGAAGGCAUUGUCAACUACGACUCCGCCAAAUGGGGUUGCUGGGGCCAAUUGCACGAGUACGGACACAAUUUCCAGUACGGAUGGGGCUGGCCAUCAUUUAGAGAUUACAUCGAAGUUACAAACAACGUUUUGAACUUGAUUUCAUACUCCAAACUAACAAUGGUUGAUUCCAGGAGACAGAUGACAAUGGGAAGAAACUACAUUGUUGGUCCACAAAAUGGAGGUCAUGGAGAAACAACACACCAAUUCUCUCUUAUUCAGAGAAAUGAUUUGUUCUCAUUUUACGCUAAUUUCAUUUAUUUCUUUGGAACUGACAAAUUCAGAAAAUUCUUGCAUGCACAUAGAUGGGAUAAAUUGUACAGUAGAAAUGAAUUCCCUUAUAUCUCACAGUUCUUAUUAACUGCAUGCGAUAUGUACAAACGUGAUUUCAGAGAUUAUUUCAAGUCAUUUGACAAAGUUUUUAAUUAUUCAGAUCCUAACAUCAUUUCUCCAAGAGUUGAUGAAAUUCUCAACCAAAAGAAUUAUAAGAAAUUCAAUCCACUUGCAAUUAUAUAUCAAACAGGAUAUAUAGUUGAUGGAGAAGAAUUCCAAACAGCCAAACCUUUCGAAAUUCCUGCAAGAUCUCCUUACAUUUUCGAAUUCUUAAGAAAUUCAAGAAAUAGAGGAGCUAUGUUUGUAUUAAGGGUGCACACGAGAGGAUCAUGUAAACUUCAGAAUUUAGAAUCUUAUUUUUAG